GGUGAAGACAGCAGGAUCCUAGGGAGCUGCUUGAUGCUUCAUCCUUGAGUGUGUGCAGUGACUGUGGUUCAACAGCAAACACUCAUGGUGGCCUGGUAGAAGAGUCAGAGCUCAUGUUCACCUGUUUCCAGGAUUUUAUUACAAGAACAUGAAGACCACAUUCUACCUAAGUCUGCUGCUGGCUGGGUUUCACACUGUUGCCCACAGUCAGCUCCCACCCAGUGACCACAAUGGACAUGACCCAAAUCACCCUAAACACCACAUACAUCAUGGAGGUGAAGCGAUGGCUUGCCUCAGACUUGUGCCAAACAACGCUGACUUUGCAUUCCAGUUUUUUAGGGAGGUUGCACAGGAGGCACCAAACAAGAACAUUUUCUUCUCUCCUGUGAGCAUCUCCACUGCCUUUGCAAUGCUGGCCCUCGGGGCCAGAUCAGCCACAAAGUCUCAGAUCCUGGAAGGACUCGCCUUCAACCUUACAGAGAUUCAGGAGAAGGAAAUACAUGAAGGCUUCCACAACCUAAUCCACAUGCUGAACCAUCCUGAGGGUGGAGUCCAGCUCAACAUGGGGAAUGCCAUCUUUGUAACAGAGAAGCUGAAACUCCUAAAAACGUUUUCAGAUGAUGCCAAGGCUCUGUAUCAGCUGGAUGCUUUUACAACUGACUUUGACAAACCCACAGAAGCUGAAAAGCAGAUCAAUGACUAUAUAGAGAAGAAAACACAUGGGAAAAUUACUAAUUUGGUCAAGGACAUGGACCCACAAACUGUAAUGCUUCUGGCUAGCUUUGUUUUCUUUAAAGGCAGCUGGGAAAAGCCUUUCAAAGCAGAGCAUACUGAAGAAAGGGAGUUCUUUGUGGAUGCUGAAACAACUGUGAAAGUCCCUAUGAUGUACCAGAUGGGCAGAUUUGACUUCUACUUUGAUGAGGAGCUGUCAUGCACUGUGGUACGGCUGCAUUAUAAUGGCAGUGCUACUGCAUUUCUGGUUCUGCCUGCAAAAGGGGAAAUGAAGAGUUUAGAGCAAACUCUGGACAAGGAAACCAUCCAGAAAUGGUCAGACCAUCUCUUCCAGAGAUCUAUGAACCUCUAUUUCCCCAAAUUUUCUAUUUCUGGGAGCUAUGAAAUAAGUAACACCCUUAGGAAGAUGGGAAUUGUGGAUGUGUUCACCAACCAGGCAGAUCUCUCUGGCAUCACUGGCGCCCCAGAUCUGAAGGUUUCCAAAGUUGUCCACAAGGCUUCUCUGGAUGUUGAUGAGAAAGGUACUGAGGCAGCAGCAGCAACUGCUGUUGAAAUAAUGCCAAUGUCUCUUCCUCCAACCAUUGAAUUCAGCCACCCCUUCCUCAUGCUGAUUUUUGACAGAGAUACAAACAGUACACUCUUCAUAGGAAAAAUAGUUAACCCAACUAGUUGAAGUGACAUAUGAAUUUUGUUUGCUACUACUAAUUAAAGAUGUGAAAAAUGCA